UUUUCUAACUUGAAAAAAGAAAACAUCUUAGGCUUCGAUUUCUGGUAAACUAAAAAUGUUUUCUGUGAAAGAGCUAGUUGAAUCAGUUCGCCUCACUUCUGUUCCUUCAAACUACAUCUUCAGUAAUACAGAAACUGAUCUGCCCAUGCAACCAGAAACAGUCCCCAUUAUAGAUUUCUCCUUGCUCACUUCCCAUGAUCCUGAUCAACGCUCCAAAAUCAUUACCCAACUCGGCAAUGCAUGCCUGGAAUGGGGAUUCUUCAUGGUUAUAAAUCAUGGAGUGCCGGAGAUGUUGAGAGAUGAAAUGAUGAGGGGAACAGAAAGUUUCUUCGAUUUGAGAGGGGAGGAGAAGCGACAGUAUGCUGGGAAGAAGCUGUUUGAUCCAAUAAGGUGUGGGACAAGUUUCAACCCUAAUGUGGAUAAGACUCUUCUUUGGAGGGAUUACCUCAAGAUUCACGUUCAUCCCCAUUUCAAUGCUCCCAACAAGCCUUCUGGUUUCAGCAAGGUUUUACGAGACUACUGCCAAAAGACUAGAGUAAUCGCCGGUGAGCUGCUUAAAGGAAUAUCGGAAAGCCUAGGAUUGGAAGCGAGCUAUAUUAAUGAGAAAAUAAGAGUGGAAUGCUCGGAGUCCCAUCAGCUGCUGGUUGCAAAUAUGUAUCCGCCUUGCCCACAGCCAGAGCUGGUCAUGGGUCUACCCCCGCACUCGGAUCAUGGACUUCUCACGAUCCUCAUGCAAAACGGGAUCGAUGGCCUUCAAGUAAUGCACAAGGGAAACUGGGUAUCUAUCAAUCCCCUGCCCAACUCUUUUCUUGUCAACACCGGAGAUCACAUGGAGAUACUGACCAACGGCAAGUAUAAAAGUGUGGUGCACCGAGCUGUGGUGAACAACAAGGCUCCUAGGGUAUCCAUUGGAACAGCACAUGGACCACCACUUGACACCGUCGUUAGUCCAGCACCGGAGCUGGUGAAGGAUGGUGUCGGCCAAGCAUAUCUUGGUAUCGAAUAUAGGAACUACUUGGAGCUACAACAGAGUAAAAGUCUCAGUGGAAAGUCCUGCUUGGACCACCUCCGUCUUUCAUUAUGAUAUCCCACCCUCUAUAUUUCAUCACUUCGUGUGCUUUAUUUCA